AUGGGUGUGCGGAAAUACUUGUCGGAGGCAGCGAUACGGAGGCGCCCAAGUAGAAUAGCCAAGAAAUUGAUGGCGGGAGCCGAGAGCGCGCGGCCGGCGCCUCCGGUGCUGCCGUGGACGGUGCGGCUCCAGGUGCUCGUGCUCGGGGCCUUCUGCGACCUCUCGCAGCGCCGCGACGGCACAGUGAACCGCUCCCUCUUCUCGCUCGCCGACCGGAAGACCUCGGCGAGGCCGCGCCCGGACGCGCUCGGCGUCCGCUCCGUUGACGUCGUCGUCGACCCCGCAAGGAACCUCUGGGCGCGCGUCUUCUCCCCGUCCGCGGAUAACGCUGAGGCGGCGCCGCUCCCCGUCCUCUUGUACUUCCACGGCGGCGGCUUCGCGCUGCUCUCCGCGGCGUCCGCGCCCCUGGACGCCAUGUGCCGCCGCUUCUGCAGCGAGCUGGGCGCCGUGGUCGUCUCCGUCAACUAUCGCCGCGCGCCCGAGCACCGUUACCCCGCCGCCUACGAUGACUGCGGGGAGGUGCUCAGCUACCUUGCCACCACCGGCCUCCCUGCCGACAUCGGCGUCCCGGUCGACCUCUCCCGCUGCUUCCUCCUCGGGGACAGCGCCGGCGGCAACAUCGCCCACCACGUGGCCCACCGGUGGACCACAUCCGCCGCCGCUUCUUCUAAUGGCCCCGUCCGCCUCGCCGGUAUCAUCCUGCUGCAGCCGUACUUCGGCGGCGAGGAGCGCACGGAAGCAGAGCUGAUGCUGGAGGGCGUGGGGCCGGUGGUGAACAUGCGCCGCUCGGACUGGUCCUGGAAGGCGUUCCUGCCGGAGGGGGCCGAUCGGAACCACCCGGCGGCGCACGUGACUGGCGAGGCGGGCCCGGAGCCCGAGCUGCCGGAGGCGUUCCCGCCGGCGAUGGUGGUGAUCGGCGGGUUCGACCCGUUGAAGGGCUGGCAGGGGCGGUACGCCGCCAUGCUGCGGCGGAAGGGGAAGGCGGUGCAGGUGCUGGAGUUAGCGGACGCUAUCCAUGGCUUCUACAUGUUCCCGAAGCUCCCCGACGCCGGGAAGCUCGUCAACGACGUUAAGAACUUCGUGGAAACCGCCACGUCCGGCCAUUAA